AUGGAUGGGUCGUCCUUCGAGAAGAUAUCAAGAGCAGCUAAUGCAAAGAAAUCAUGGGAGAUUAAACAAAAUUCAUACAAAGGCGUGGAUAAAGUGAAGAAGGUGCGGUUGCAAAAUCUAAGAGGUGAGUUUGAAUCUCUCUCCAUGAAAGAGUCUGAAUUAAUAUCAGAUUAUUUUUCAAGAGUUUUAGUUGUUGUUAAUCAACUAAGAAGAAAUGGUGAGGUCAUGAGCGAUAGUCGUGUGAUCGAAAAAAUAUUGCGGUCACUCGUUCCAAAAUUUGAUUAUAUCAUCGUCGCAAUUGAGGAGUCCAAAGACGUCGAAUCCAUGAUCGUAGAUGAGCUCAUGGGAUCAUUACAAGCCCAUGAAGAAAGAAUAAGAAAGAGAAGCAAUGAGGGAGCAGUAGAAAAAUUUUUACAAGAGAAGCUCACAUUGAAAGACAAAGGAGAGAGCUCUAGUAGUAAUGCUAGAGGAAGAGGACGCAGCUACUACGGCGGAAGAGGAAGAGGCAAGAAGAAUAACGAUGAUCAGAGGGGCCAGAGGUCAAGCUUCACAAGAGGUCGUGGAAGAGGAAAUAAUUCAUGGCACAACAAUAAUAGGCCAAGGUAUGACAAAUAUCAAGUUGAGUGCUAUAAUUGUCAUAAGCAUGGUCAUUAUGCUUCGGACUGCCGAUCUUCUUCAAAUAAUGUCGAGGAUAGAGCAAACUACGCUAGUAAAUAA